ACGAGCGUGGCCGCCACGUCGUCGAACCGCUCGCUCGCUCGCUCGACCCACAACCGAUGAAUAUUUAAUCGAAACGAUUUCCACAUCGAGCUGGCGAAUCAAUGACCGAACACCAUUACAGCGGCAAACUCAUCACAACACUUUUGUUGACAUACCUCUAAUGGUCGGAAAAGUUUGCAUUACGAUGCUGAUCGGUUAAAGAUUUGAACCAAUAUGAAUUGUCUGAGAUUCGCUUCGAGCGCUUCUUUAUUAUUAUUACUUUUGGUAAUUGCAAGGCCUGGUACAUCAUCCGAUGAAUCCCUGUUUCCCCGGUUUGUGGAGCCAGUCCCAAACGUUACAGUAACGGUAGGGCGGGACGCGCUCUUGGCGUGCGUCGUCGAGGAUCUGAGAGGAUACAAGGUUGCAUGGGUGCGAGUGGAUACUCAAACAAUCCUCAGCAUUCACCACAACAUAAUAACUCAGAACCCGCGCAUUAGUCUCUCGUACAACGACCACCGCUCGUGGUACCUGCACAUCAAGAAUGUACAAGAGGUGGACCGAGGAUGGUACAUGUGUCAAGUCAACACCGACCCCAUGCGCUCCAGGAAAGGCUAUCUUCAAGUUGUAGUGCCACCUUCUAUCAUCGACAACAUGACCUCAACGGAUAUGGUAGUCCGUGAAGGCACCAACGUCACUAUGGUUUGUCGUGCAUCUGGCUACCCUGAACCUUACGUCAUGUGGAGACGAGAAGACGGCCAGGAGUUCAACUGUAACAGCGAAUGGGUCAACGUAGUGGACGGCGAAAACUUAACAAUAUCUAAAGUAUCACGUCUUCACAUGGGAGCGUAUCUAUGUAUUGCAUCCAAUGGCGUCCCACCAUCGAUCAGCAAACGAGUCGUCCUUAUGGUACAAUUUCCGCCAAUGCUAUCGAUCCCGAAUCAGUUGGAGGCUGCAUAUGUAGGGCAGGACGUAACGCUGGAGUGUCACACGGAAGCCUACCCCUCCUCCAUCAACUACUGGACUACGGACCGCGGCGAUAUGAUUAUAUCCGGAAACAAGUACACUACAGCGUUAAAUGACGAUGGUUAUAGCCGGAAAAUGAAGCUCACUAUACGCAAAGUGUCGUCUAGAGAUUUCUCCUCUUACCGCUGUGUGGCGAAGAAUUCUCUUGGAGAGACAGAUGGCCUCAUACGACUAGAUGAAAUACCAGCGCCUUCCACAACGAGCACGACUGUUAAUUAUGUCCCGACAUUUCCUCAGAGGAAAAAAGGUAAACAAAAGAAUCGUUGGAGGGAUAGUUCUGCGGAAAACAGAGUUAUUGGAGAUUAUGAAGUUGAAGAAUGGAAAGAUUUAGAUUAUGAAUCUACCCAGUCGUCGAGCUCGUCGACUAUUCGUCGUUUCAUUCACCCAUCAUAUCUACUGGCAAUGGCGCUUAUUAGUUGACAUGCAGUUAAAAGCUUCAUCGGAGUUUUGUAGUGCCAAUUGACUAUUGAAAUGAACUAAAAAAUAUAAUUAAAUCAGACAGUGGAAGUUAAAAUAGCAGUUGUUACAGUGUAAAAAAGUUGAAAAUAGAUGAUUGUGUAGUAUAGUAAGUCAACGAAUAUUUUAACAACCUUCUCCUUUUUGUUUUUAUGAUUUGAGCUAUAAUAGAUUACAUAAAUAGUGUAAGUAAUGUAUAGAUGAACCAUUUGACACUAUUAUAUUGUUCCUGAUAAGCUGUUCAGUUUUUUCGCAAAAGUUAGUAUGACCACUCGAUUAAAGUUCAAUGCGAAUCAAUUUAAAGCGACCAAACUUAUUUAAAUUGUAAGCUAACGUUGGCAAACUUGCGUUAGCGUAUAGGUCGAUAGUUUGGCCAACAUUCUAGGCCCAACGUGUAGAAGCAGCAUUACCUAACAUCAAAUAUAACUUUUCUCGUAUCCCAGUUCGCAACCGAGUAUUUCGGUAAAGUAAAAGCUAACUUGUACACCUAUGUGCAAUGUGUAACUUUGAAUACAAGUCAAAUGGAAUUUCCUAGGCGAUUAUAACUUGAAACGAUUUUCAACGAAGCAAAUUUUGGCACUUCUCUAUAACUUAGGAGUUAUUUUAUGUUUUUCGUUAAUUAGUACUUACGCUUUGAGAAUUGAAUGUCUCAAUUACUUAUUUAAAUUUUUUUUUAAAAGUCUCGUAGAGGUAGUGAUCGUGAUUCAUGAUUUGAAUCAAUCCCAAAUAUAUCAGCCUAGUUCUUAACCAACACCAAAUUAUUUCCUAUUCCUAAAAAUACAAAUAGAAUUUUAUCGUAGAAUUGUUAUUUAUGUUGUAGGCUUUAUUUAAAUGAUUGUCUAGGUUUUUAAGAUGUAAAAAACUGUGUUGUAAUUUUUAGAAUCUAUCAAAGUUAGAGGUAAAUUUAUUGGUAUCUUUAUAAAAGACUGAUAGACUUACGAUAAUAAUUGUGCCAUAUCUGAAUUAAUAUCGAAUCUUUGCGACCUAUGUAAUAUCAAAUGUAAAUAUUAUAAGUUAAUAUUUAAAAUAUUGCUAACCGUAAACUAACCGUACCUGUAUCUACCCUCCCAUUUAUAGCAGAAAAAAUCCAGUGUUUUUGUAACAAACUAUCAUCAAUACAUUUAUUUUUAUUUUUUUAAUGUUACGUCUCUUAUCCAAACCCAGAUUUAUAUUAUGAACAUUUUCUAAAUGCAUUUAGGUAAAUAUUCCGAAAUCAAUUUAUUUUCCUCGUAGUAAAGCAUUUGUUAAUUUUUUGCACUACCGUAGGUACUGUGUAUUUUAUUUUGCUAAACCAGCUUAAGCUUAGCAUACUUAGUAUAAAUAUUAAACGUUUCUGUGUAUAGAGAUGUACCUACCUAGGACCUGAAUAAAUACGUAUCCACAAAACAAAUAUCAUCCGUGAUAUUCCAUGAAUCUCAUGCAUAUAGUUUAAAUAGAUAGGUUCGCUCUACAUUUAUAUCUAUGCAUUAUUGUUUACGUUCUACAAAUAAAGAAUACCUAAAUAUUGCAAUUCUAUAUUAUGAUGGUAAUAGGUAUUCUGUAAGAUAACUUACAAAGAAGAUUUUCGUAAGAUCUUUUUUUCACGAUAGGUUUUGGAACUAGUUACC